AUGGGUUCGGAUGUAUUCACGCCUAUUGGGACUAUGACACCCUCAACUGGCCAUAUCGGUAUGCCUCUUUUCGAAAGUCAAGCUAACCUUCCCCCUACACCCGAGCGAGGAGAAGCUAAUGUGACUCUUAGAUUUGCUGCCACAGAGGGAUUUGCUGGUGGCACGACCUACGAGGUGCGGGCAGUGGAAGUGGGUGAUAGUGGCGCUUCCUUCUGGCAUGAUCGAGUUAGUUUUGAUGUCAUCCAAAGGAACUUGACGGACAAAGCAUUCGCGAUGUAUCUCGAAUAUCCAGAUGGAGAUAAGACGGACCGCUGGUCACUAAAGCUCAGAAGCGUAGAAAACAGCCGGUGUAGAAGUGGAACAAGCUUCAUGGAAGGAACCGAAAUUCAUCAGGAGCCUCUCAAUUUCUCUAUCCCUAGAAAGAUGCGAAAUUUGAUUGUUAAUCCUUCCACGGGACGAAACAAGAAAGCGAUGGGUAACGUAACAUCUAUCAAGCGUGUACAAGGAAGAGCCAAUUAUGAGCAGAAACAGCCAGGUCCGUUCGAGUGGCUGUAG